AUGGAAGAAAUUGGUAUUAUUCUCCCAGAAAAGGAUGACCAAGUCACCGACACAAAAGGCCUAUCAUUUGCAGGUCCACAAUCUUUUGACGAAUUGGAAUCUGAAGAUCUGUACACAAAAUACAAGAAACUGCAACGGAUGUUAGAGUUUCUCGAAGUACAAGAAGAUUACAUAAAAGAUGAACAAAGAAAUUUAAAGAAGGAAUAUUUGCAUGCCCAAGAAGAGGUGAAAAGGAUUCAGUCGGUACCUCUGGUCAUUGGCCAGUUCCUUGAAGCAGUUGAUCAAAAUACUGGAAUCGUUGGUAGCACUACGGGUUCAAAUUAUUAUGUACGGAUCCUUUCUACAAUAGACCGAGAGCUUCUAAAGCCAUCUGCCUCGGUUGCUCUGCAUAAGCACUCCAAUGCUUUAGUAGAUGUAUUGCCACCAGAAGCUGAUAGUUCCAUAUCUAUGUUACAAGCCGACGAAAAGCCAGAUGUUCAGUACUCAGAUAUCGGAGGUAUGGAUACACAGAAACAGGAAAUCAGAGAGGCCGUUGAACUGCCUCUGACACAUGUGGAACUUUACCGACAGAUUGGUAUUGAACCUCCUCGUGGUGUGCUCAUGUAUGGACCUCCGGGUUGUGGCAAAACUAUGUUGGCUAAAGCUGUUGCUCAUCAUACAACUGCUGCUUUCAUUCGUGUCGUUGGAUCUGAGUUUGUCCAGAAGUAUCUCGGUGAAGGUCCCCGAAUGGUCCGUGAUGUAUUUCGUCUCGCUAAAGAAAAUAGUCCAGCUAUCAUAUUUAUAGAUGAGAUUGAUGCUAUCGCUACCAAAAGAUUUGAUGCCCAAACCGGUGCUGACAGAGAAGUUCAAAGAAUUUUGCUUGAAUUGCUGAAUCAAAUGGAUGGUUUUGAUCAAACCACUAAUGUUAAAGUAAUUAUGGCAACUAAUCGAGCUGAUACAUUGGAUCCUGCUCUACUAAGACCAGGUCGUCUUGAUAGAAAAAUUGAAUUCCCACUCCCGGACAGACGUCAGAAGCGUCUGAUCUUCUCGACUAUCACAGCCAAGAUGAAUUUGUCAGAAGAAGUGGAUCUUGAGGAAUUCGUAGCUCGACCUGAACGUGUAUCAGGUGCUGAUAUUAACGCCAUCUGCCAAGAAGCUGGAAUGCACGCUGUUAGAGAAAAUAGAUACAUCGUUCUUCCUAAGGACUUUGAAAAAGGUUACAAGAACAACAUCAAGAAGGAUGAAUGUGAAUAUGAAUUCUAUAAAUAA